UGAAAAAUUGAAAAUAAGAAUGUGUAAACAACAUGGCCGUUAGAGCAUUGCGAAGGUCCUUCGUAGUGCUAAAAACACCUCAAAUAGUACCUCGCAGUUCAUGUAGAGCAUUGCAUUUUCAGCAUAGUAGAUCUAGUGUCAAGGAAUUUGGAACACAUCGCCAACCUAAAAAUAUUGCUGUUCCAAGAAAAGAACGUAAACAUCUCAUUCCUAAAUAUCCAGUUCGCAAAGUUGCAUCAGCCUUCGCUGCAGUGUCAACAGGCAUCGGACUCGCCGGUAUUGGUAUCUUUGGCCACUUGCUAGCGGCUGUGCCUAUUGCACUUAAGAAUGGCAACCCUUCUGCAGAAGAUGCCCUGAUUUCUGCCUGCAGAGCAGGAGCUACAUCAGAAGUUAAAAGGUUGCUUACCCUUGGUGUUGAUGUGAACAAACGACACGAACUGGGUUGGGCAGCUCUCCAUGUGGCUGCAGUGAACAAACAUUCAGAAAUCGUGAAACUGCUUUUGGAUGCAGGAGCAGACCCUAAUUGUUCGGACCAGUUUUCUACUGUAGCCCAGAAGGCAAGAGAGAAGCAACUGAAUGGUUUGCAUGUUCUACUGACGAGAGAAGAGGAAUUUUCUGAUCGUUUGAGCAAUCGUGCCAACUUUCAAGAUUGUACACCUCUUCACUAUGCAGUGCUCAUCAAUGACAAAACGUCUGUUCGCUACCUCUUGGAUGCAGGGGCCGACCCCACAACUGAGAACAUUCUGGGCCACCGAGCUCUGGAGUACACCAGAGACCCCAGUAUUAGGGAGAUGUUGGAAGCGUCUGCCAAACGUUUCAAGGAAGAGAAGGAAGCCCGUGAGGCUGAGGAAAGACGAAGGUUCCCUCUGGAGUUACGUCUGAAGGAGAACAUCAUAGGACAGGAAGCUGCCAUCAACACUGUUGCCGCUGCUGUGCGUCGUAAGGAGAAUGGCUGGUAUGAUGAGGACCAUCCAUUGGUCUUUCUUUUCCUAGGAUCCUCCGGCAUUGGCAAAACAGAGCUGGCGAAACAAGUCUCCAAUUAUAUACACAAAAACAAGAAAGAGGGUUUCAUUCGCAUCGACAUGUCUGAGUACCAGGAAAGACAUGAGGUGGCCAAGUUCAUCGGUUCCCCACCAGGCUAUGUGGGCCAUGAUGAGGGAGGUCAGCUGACCAAAGCACUGACCAAAUGUCCCCAGGCUGUCGUGCUAUUUGAUGAGGUGGACAAAGCACACCCAGACGUGCUCACAAUCAUGUUACAACUCUUUGAUGAGGGUCGUCUCACCGACGGCAAAGGAAAAACUAUCGAGUGCAAAGACGCUAUUUUUAUAAUGACAUCUAACCUGGCGAGUGAAGUGAUAGCCCAGCAUGCUAUUGAGCUACGUCAGGAAGCCAGUAAACUGUCUGGGAUGAGGGGAGCCUCUAAGAUCGAGGAUCUAGAAGAAGCUGAGAAGGUGACAAUUUCCAGAAAGUUCAAAGAUGAGGUGGUCAGACCAAUUUUGAAGUACAAAUUUCGCCGAGAUGAGUUCUUGGGUCGCAUCAACGAAAUAGUCUACUUCCUGCCAUUCUCGCAGUCGGAACUGUCAAAACUAGUGACCAAAGAAUUAAAAUUUUGGGCCAAGAGAGCCAAAAGCAAACACAACAUUAAGCUCUUGUGGGACCACCAAGUGGUGGAUGCUCUUGCUGAAGGAUUUGAUACUCAUUACGGGGCUCGGUCCAUCAAAUAUGAGGUGGAGAGGCGAGUGGUGACCCAGCUAGCCAUGGCUCACGAGAGACAGCUCAUCGAGAAAGGAAGCGUCAUCAAAAUCGCAGUUUCCAACUCCAAUGAUUUACUAGUCAGCCCCAAAAGUUCCAGUAAAAAAACGGUUGAGUGCACCAGCAGUGAGGGUCCCAGCAUCAAACUACAGUUACUGCAAUCUGGGACGACAAACUCCUACAAGGAUCUGGUGUUCAAUGAUGAGAAUCCUUUCUCUGUGCCAAACCAGUAAAGAAAAAAGAAAAUGGAUUUCAAUGUUUCUCGUUCUGAUCAGUUUUAAGGAGUAUUACAUUAGCUUUUUUUUCGAGAUAUUUAUUUCUUUAUGUUCAUUUUUAUGCGACAUGAUAAUGUCAAGAUAAAGAUUGAUACUAAUCUAUCACUUUUCUUUAGAUUUGAUCAAGUUGGUUCUUUAACUCAAAUGAAGAAAAAAAAAAUGGUACAAUUUGGGUAGUCCACAGACCAGAUCUAACAGCGUGUGCUACAUUGUUCUCAAGUUUGUGCAAACAGUUCUUGGUCUCAUGUGUAAGAAAAGCUUCCUUUUAAAGAUUGCAACUGUAGGUUUCUACCAAAGUGUCUGUGGUGUACUGGAUAGACCCUUUACUUUUUCCACAGAAGACUUCUUGUGUUCGAUUCCUGUGUAGAGAAGUUAUUUAAUUGAGUUUCUCGGUCUGUCUGCUGGGAUGCUGUAUCCAACUCGACCUACGUUGGCCUUGACAGGCAGGGUGGAAGCAACCCACUUCCUAAAUCACCUAAAUUUGUGUCGAUGGGAGCGUGAAACAUUUACAGACAUCAUAAUUACAGAAGCAGGUUCCUAUGGCUUCUCUGUCACUCAGGGACAAUAGUUGUUUUUUAGUCAGAAGAUUCAUGUAGGCUUUCCUUAAGCUGAUAUUUAAUAAUGUUGUCUCCAAGUGCCAUUUGUUUUACUUUCUAUAACCGCACAUUUUUGUGGAGUAAAAAAAGUAAGUAACUUUGUUGGCUGCUUGAUAGCCGGAAGAAGAAAAGGUGGAGUUUCCUAUAAUUUUUCUGAUGAAUGGGACAAUGAUAUGUUUGUAUCCCUGUAAGGAUUGUCUGGAAAGGUCUAAUUUAUGAUCUGCGACCUCCCAUUAUCUAGGGUGUUACUUAGGUUCUCUUUAUUUUGGCAGUUGAUGCACAAGAGCUCAUGACUGUAGGUUCAGGAGUACAGACUCAAAGGGUUAAAAUGAAUCUCAAAAGACUAACAAAAAAAAGUCAGCUUCGGUGCCUAUUCAUCAAAAAACAAGCUUCUUUUUGAUAGAUUUCCAGAGUCUAAAUCAACUAAAUGUGCUGAAAUUCUCGCACAUUUCUGCAAAUGCAUUUUUUCCAUCUCUACAUGAAAAAAGUCUGCCUGUUUGUGGACUCUUUAUGCUUUUUCUUUGUAUAUUUUGUUAUUCAGAGGUUUCCAGCAAACCAGCAACUAUGUGCACUAUGAGAAUUAAUUUUAGGUUUUGCAGGCUGUGAAAAAAUUGACAGUGAUAAUUUUGUGAAAAGCACUCUGAGCUUUGUUGUUGAAUAUUCUGCAAAUAAAGUGAAAAUUAUUGUUUGCCUUCAA